CUGACCUGACGCACAAACAAAAGGUUAUAGUUUGAAGUUUGAAAUUUAAAUAUUGUACUUAAAUAAAAUAAACUACAGUAUUAUGUAAUAAAAAUAAGUAAAGUUUUUAAAUAUUAUUUAAAAAUGUUUUACAAAGAUAAUUAUGACAAUGAUAUGUCAUAUUACGAUGACGAUGAGAAUGAUUGUUUUGAGUGCAACAAUUAUAACCUAAAUUACAAAAAUAGUCCACCGAAUCUUGAUGUUUAUGAUGAUUACGAUUAUUUAGAAAUAAAUAACAGCGAAACAUUUUUAGAAAUUUUAAAUAAUUGCGUCUUUACCAGUAUUAAUGCGACAAGUAAUUUCUCAACGUUAUUUGUUGCAAAUAUUUUGCUACGAAUUUUAAUGCAAUUUAUGCCAUCUAAAAUAUAUCAUAUUAUAUCAGUAAUAAUUGGGAUUUUUAUCAUCAAUUACUAUGCACACGAAUCAUUGUUAUUAAUGUUUAUAUACACACUAUUAUCAUAUUUAUGUUUACGUGUGCCAAAAAAAUAUCAAAGAGGAAUUGAAAUGUUUAUAAUUUCUCUACUAACAAUUUUGUACUGUGAAUAUUCAAUGGAUCCAGUAUCAUGGCAUAGAAUCCGUGGUAUCUUAAUGAUUGCCGCAAUGAAAACUGUCAGUAUAUCUCUGGACAGCAAUAAAAAUAAAAAUUUAUCAUUCAAUAUUUGGGAGUACACUGGAUAUAUAUUUAGUCCCAUAACAUGUAUAUUUGGUCCAUGGAUUUCUUUUAAUAAUUAUAAAGCGAUUACCACUGGAGUUAUUGAACAACAAUUAACUAUUCGGCAAAUCAGUAGCCUGUGGCUCCUUGACUUGGGUAAUGCGCUAAAAAAUUUCGCAAUCGCGUUAAUAUUUCUGAGUAUCUCCAAUUGUUUUGCUCAGUGGCUUAUACCCAAUUAUAUCAGUGAUGGAAAAUGGUUUACAGCUUAUGGAGACGCUCUAUCAUUUAGAUCAUCCCAUUAUUUUAUAUGUUACGUUGCAUCAACAGUAUUAUCACUUGGUGGAGUUACAUCAUUAAUUCAUCAUGAAAAUACCACUCCCAUGGAAUCAAUAUCACCAGCAACAAUAACAAGACCAAUUGAUAUUGAAUUACCGCGUUCAUUAGUUCAAGUUGUCAUUUCAUGGAAUAUACCGAUGCAUACAUGGUUAAAAUCAUAUAUUUUUCGUCCUUCAGUAAAACACGUCGGUAAAUUUAAUGCCGUAAUACUGACAUACUUAACAAGUUCACUACUUCACGGAUUAAAUUUUCAAAUAGCUGCAGUAUUAUUAAGCUUAGGUUUAUAUACUUACAUCGAGUUUAAGUUACGUAAUCAUCUAGCCAAUACAUUCAAUAUUUGCAUUGGAUCACGGCAAUGUAACUCAUCUUCAUCGUUAUCAUCGAUUAUUUAUUUUUGCGGUGGUACCAAAUGUCAGUACCAGUUAAAUUCAAAAAACAGUAUUAAAGUUUUAUUAAUUAAUUUUGGAUUCUCGUUACUCGCAGUAUUUCAUUUAGCUUAUUUAGGUUUAAUGUUUGAUACCUCUGAGUUACAAGAAACUGGUUACAAUUACUCACAUACUAUUGAUAAAUGGUCACAACUUGGAUUUGCCAGUCAUUUGAUUGCACUUUCUACUUACAUUACAUACUAUCUAAUUAUUUAAACAAGUAAUUAUUUGUACUUAAUAUUUUUUUACAUGUACAUAAAUUUUGAUAUUUUUUAUACGCAUCAAUAAAAA